CAAAAUAAACAUAUUGUAUUAUUAUUCAGAAAAUGGUGAGUUUGAGGGAGGGUCCGAAGUCCCCUCAUUUAUGAGAGUACAGUCGCCAUCGCUGAGCUGCUUCUUUCUGCAGCCGCCCAAUCUCACCCCCUCCACCGGCAAUGACAUCUAUGCAGUUGCUAACAGAACCCUCAUCUCUAUGCUCUUCCAACUUCAUCCCUUUCAAUCCCCUAUACAAAAACCUAAUUAAGCCAACAACAAAACCCUACCCAAAACUAUCACCCAUUCGAUCCGUCCUUCAAUACAACCGCAAGCCAGAGCUCGCCGGUGAUACGCCAAGAGUCGUCGUCAUCACAUCUGGCAAAGGUGGAGUCGGGAAAACCACGACCACCGCCAAUGUUGGUCUUUCCCUCGCCCGAUUGGGCUUCUCCGUCGUCGCUAUCGACGCCGACGUCGGCCUCCGCAACCUUGACCUCCUUCUCGGCCUUGAAAACCGCGUCAAUUACACCGUUGUAGAAGUUCUCAAUGGUGAUUGUCGCCUCGACCAAGCUUUAGUUCGCGAUAAGCGCUGGUCAAACUUCGAAUUACUUUGUAUCUCAAAACCUAGGUCAAAAUUGCCACUAGGGUUUGGUGGAAAAGCCUUAGUUUGGCUUGUUGACGCAUUAAAAGACCGGCAAGAAGGUUGCCCGGACUUUAUACUCAUAGAUUGCCCCGCAGGUAUCGAUGCUGGGUUCAUAACGGCAAUUACUCCGGCUAACGAAGCUGUCCUGGUUACAACGCCGGACAUUACCGCACUAAGAGAUGCCGAUAGAGUCACUGGUCUACUGGAAUGUGACGGAAUUAGGGAUAUCAAGAUGAUUGUGAACAGGGUUCGGACUGAUUUGAUAAGGGGAGAAGACAUGAUGUCAGUUCUUGAUGUUCAAGAGAUGUUGGGAUUAUCAUUGCUCGGAGUGAUUCCAGAGGAUUCAGAAGUAAUUCGGAGUACAAACAGAGGGUUUCCACUCGUUCUAAAUAAGCCUCCAACUUUAGCAGGAUUGGCAUUUGAACAAGCAGCUUGGAGGUUAGUUGAGCAAGAUAGCAUGAAGGCUGUAAUGGUGGAAGAGGAACCCAAAAAGAGGGGAUUUUUCUCCUUUUUUGGAGGAUAGAAAUGGGAUUCAUGUGAGAGAGGUUUGAAGCUUUUGAAUUCUUUGAAUUUGUGGAGAAAAAUCUUGUCUUUUUUGUUUAUGCAGACACUGGUAUUUGUCAAUUGAAAUGUGUUAUGUACAGUAAGUUGAUAAGGUUUGUUUGUCUACAAUUCCUAAAGUUCCAUGAUUGAUUGAGGUUUGAGAUACUUUAAUGUUUGUUUUCUAUUGAAAAAAAUUAGAAUUCCAGGUUC